UAUGGAUGUUGUGAGAGUGGUGUUAAAUGCACGUCGAACGGAUAACGAGGUGCAAUGGAGUCCUUGAGAGCAAAAGAAGGAGCAAUCGUCCAUUUGGAGUGCAAAGGUCUAAGGUGCGUGAAAAGGAGGUGACAGUUGAGUUGAACAGGAAAUUAAGCUAUCGGUUCUUUGAAACUGACAGGUUAAAUGAACUAAGGUGGCCCUUAUCCAAUAACGUGAGUUGCCAAUAUAAGUUCCUAUCAUUACCUACCCCUAAAGUCAAGAGAAAUGUCUUCUCUUCUCAUUAUUGUUUCCAUCUAAAAUUCAGAGAACGAGAGAAACGAGUGAUGCUGCUAGUAAAGAAGAGAUUGAUGAGUUUGGUGGAUCUUAGAUCAGUGGUAAUUCAAGGGUACAAGUGUGGGUUUGAAUCUGUCAAGGAUUUGUCAUUACUGCUGCUACAGAUCGAGAAUGAAAUGGGGAAGAAAAUGGAAAGAGUUAGGGUUUGUGGUGAAUGUUUUCUGCUGAUUUCGGUUGAAAUUGAGGAGGAGAAAUUGAAGUGCUGAUAUUGAUUGUGUUCAUUGAGAGAUGGGUUCGAUCUGUAAGAAUGAAUCCGACAGUUGUUGGCAGUGUAAUGAAGCUGUUUCUGUUAACGAAUUUGAGAUUGAAUCUGAGAUAGAUGAUGAGUAUAUUUACUGGAAUUGGAUCGAAGAAUCAGAAGCUGAUGCUGCUAAUGAAUAUGAGAUGGAAAUGGGUUUGAGGUUGAAGUUGCAGGAAUUGAUUCAAGAGUUUAGAUGGUGUUCAUGAAGUGAAUCUGGUUAGAGGAAAUUGCAGAUGAAUAUUUGACUGAAUUGCAGGUGGAAUUGAAAUCAUGAUACAGAGAAGAUGGUAUGAAGUAGAGGUGGUCUGAGAUGUUGGUGCUGUGAGUUGUUGCUCUGAACUGGUGGUUGAUGCCAAGGAGAUCUGACUCGAGUGGUGGUGCUGAUGGUGUUGUGCAGUUGCAGAAGAUUCAGACAUUGGAGCUAGGCCUGAUGCGCUGAAAUGGGAUGUGAUGUUGAGUGUUGCAGCGAUGAUUGCAGUGACAUGGUCUUGUAGUGAAUAUGGAAGUAGAUUGAAUGCGGAUGAGCUGAGAAGGAGAGCCACUUACAGUGAAGCAGUAAUUGGAUAAGUGGAAUUGGUGCUACAGGAAAGAACUGGAGUGUGUUGAUGAAUGGGGUUUUUGUAGUUGAACAAGAGAAGAGAUGGCGAUUGCUGAUAAAUGGUAAUGCAGGAUAGGGUGCAGCUGUGUAGAAGAAGGUUAUUGCAGCUGAGUAGUUGAUGUGUGUUGAUGGUUCGAUCGAAACCUGGGAAGAACAGUUGUUGCUGCUAUGUUUUGGUAAUGGAAAUGAAGCGAGUAACUGAUGUAGGAGCAAUUGCAGGUGACGGGUGCAUAGGAAUGGUUGUUUGUCAGCUAGAAGUGGUUGCAGCUGAAGGUAUUAUGAAGCUAUAGUGGGUUUGAGGCUGUGUUGAUGUUGUGCUGCAACUUGGUGGUGAUAUGAAGGAUGACUAAGGUGGUUUGUAGAGUGCCAGGGAGCGGCGGUGUUUAUGAAGUGCAGUAAGAAGUUAUGGCCGGGAGUUUGUGCCGCAGAAAAUGGGAAUUGCAGAAUUAGCUUUGCAACCUGAAAUGGAUAGACAAGACCGACAAGGUUAGAGUCUACAGCCUGAGCUGUGAAAUAGAUGCCGCAACUGUGCAGAAACGCAGCGAGAAUGGCGAGCCAGUGAGCCUAGCCCGGGAUGCCGGACUUCAGAGAUUAGAGUGUGGAUCUUAAAGUUUCAUUGAAUUGCGAAGGGGGUAUGUGUUGGAUGCAAGAGUUGUCCAUGGGAUAUAUGAGUUUGGAGUCGCGCUUUUGGGUUGGUUUUCGCAAGAGCUAGGAAAUGAUUCAGAUGGUGAUGUUGCAGCUUGAUUAUGGCUGGAAUGAGAAGGAUAAUGGCAGUGUAAGCUGCAGAUGAAUGGAUAGUAUAUGGAAGAUUGCAACAAUGAGAACUGUGGUGGAUUUUCUUGCCAGUGAGUCGACUCAGUGAUUCCCGAUCCAAAUCAGAUGGACUUGGACUUGCUCCAAUUGGGCUUCACUCAUGGGUUGUUUGAGCGACUGAUAUUUGGCAGAGACUCUGUGACCUAAGGAACCUAAGUUGGGAAGUGAAAGGAUACAAAAGGAAGACUUAUCACCUAUUCUAUAGAUCUUUUAUCUCUCAUCUUUUACUUUUGUUCUAGGGUUUACAACAUGAUAGAUUUAUUUCUUUUUUGGAUGAACUCCAUGAACAUGAGCUAGUUUUCUUUUGGUUAAGGAAUAAGUUUGAAUUCCAA